CGGCAGAUUGCGCGCACUCAACCACCUAUGUCUCGCGCAGCACGCUACACGGAAAGGCGCGCAGCCAUCUGCAAGCGCACCUUCGCGCACGACGAGCUGGAGGAAGUUCUCCUGCCGGCGCCCAAGCCGCCAUCCAGCCCGGCCACCGUCUUCGCCUUGCUCGAUGACACCAAGAUGCCAGAGAUUACCCCGCUGCCUGGCUCCUGGCUGACGGUGGGGAAGAAGGGGCGGCCGAUCAAGGACAUGAGCGCUAUGAAGAUGUACGAUCCGCCCUCACCGACCCGCAAGAAGCAGAAGAAGAAGCGCCGCCACGCGAAAAAGGACCUCGACCCCAUCAAGGACCUCGACGCCAAGAUCGAGCAGGCCUCGACCAGUGCCGAAUCGGCGUGCUACCGCGCGUCCGAGCGCCGGGCGAAGAAGUGCGUCGUGGGCAAAGACGAGCGGUUUUGGGCGCGCUACCGCCAGGCAAAGCGCGCGAUGGAGGCCGAGCGCGACUUGCUCUUCCCGCAGGCGGAGGCGGAGGAGGAGGAGGCGAUCCCCGCGCCGGCGGCACGACGCGACCCCAAGAAGCGGCGCCCCGCCACCAAGGCUCGCCACCACGCGCGCCUUGCAUCACGGGACGCGCGCUGCUACCCGCUCGAGGGGCAGGAAGACGCGGCGGAGGUGCCGCCGCCGCCUCUCAGCCUGCAGCGGUCCCCGACUCCGGUCUGGGUUCGCCGCCCCCGCAAGGAGGAGGGAGCCUCCUCUGAAGAGAGCGGGUGGCGCAUCGUCGGCAAGCGAGGCAAGCCUCUGAGAGCCAAGCGUGAGGAUCGGGCGGAGCCCAGCCCCGCGUUCUUGGCAGUGGUCCAGGCGUCGGCGGCCCAGCAGGCAAAGGGCAAGAAGAAGUGCUCGAUCAUGUGAACAAGUCGGAGCGGGCCUUGGGGCGGUUGUCUCGUCGGAUUCGCUGCAUCGGCCCAAUAGUCCGACCGUCUCUGAAACGUUGCCUUGCGACACACCGUCACCUAGAGACGCGUGUCCAGGCUCGGAGAGGACCCUGUGUAGAUCGCAGACCAGGACUGGAGAUCCUAGCCGAUUCUACCACACGUCGGGCUUGGUUGAAGAUGAAAGAUUGCGAUCACAGAUUGUGGAUCGUGUUGGUAGUUGCCAGGGUCAAAGGUGGAGUUUGGAGAUGGAGAACACAGAGCGUAGAUCCUCGCGGCGGGGGCGGCCGAGAUCCGCAACCCUCAGCCUCACACCCAAAAAA